UGUCCUGUAGACUUCCUUCUUUAUUUUCUUUUCCUUGAAUCCAAGGAAUCCAAGGAAUUCGGCUGUAACACAGAAUUCCGAGCUGUUUCACUAUAGUCUCUUAUCAAACAAUCUACGUUUCAGGCAUUGAGACGAAAUCCAAAAGCACCAACAUGCGAUUUCUUUGCUUGCACGGCGGCGGCACAAAUGGCGAAAUCUUUGAAAUCCAAAUUGGAGGCCUCCGCCAGGCACUAGAGAAAAGUGGCCACCGCUUCAAAUUCAUGAACGGAAAGAUAAACGCCAAGGUCGAAGAGGAACUCGAAGGCAUAGUGGACGGCCCCUUCUAUAACCACUACACCCGAAAUGCCUCACCGGGCUCCAGCAUCCUCGAAGCCUUCGAUCACACCAAGCGCUUCAUCGCAGAAGAAGGCCCAUUCGACGCGGUGAUAGGCUUCUCACAAGGCGCGGCACUAGCAGCCUCACUUUUAAUCCAUCAAAGCAAGACGCACCCAGCUGAACCGCCGCUAUUCCGCGCAGCGGUGUUUAUUUGCGGCGCAGCGCCGUGGGAUAGUUCCGGACUGCAGCAUAUCGCACCGCAGCCGGAUAAGUAUCCGAUUGCCAUUCCGACGGCAAAUAUCGUUGGUAAGGCGGAUACGCUGUUCCCUGAGGGUAUAAAGUUAUUUGGGCUUUGUGAGCCCGCCAAGGCGGCUUUCUAUGAUCAUGGUUCUAAACAUAUGGUUCCGUUUGAUAUGAAGAAUACGGAGGAGAUGAUUAGGGUUAUUGAGGAGACUGUUGCGAAGGCGAUUAGGGGUUAGUUGAGAUGGUGGGUGGAAUUUGUAGAUAUAGGGAUUCUAUACACCACCAACUACCGAAGCGAUGCGCUUCCUACAAUUCUA